AUAGUAUGUUACUAUGUGUGUAUAUAUAUGUUUAUUCUAUCAUUGUACGUAAUUAUAGUGUAAUAUGUACGUGUAUGUUAGUUAAAAACAGCUGAUGCUUUCAUUUUGACAUUGUAAAGAAAUAACUGUCUAACUAUACAAGAAAUAAAUGUCACAUUAAAGUAAUCUUAUAUUAAUAUAACUAACAUAUGUAUAGGUUCAACGUGAAUGUUAAUCUACAUUGAUCUCCGGUAUAUAUGCACGUGUAAUAUCUUUUAACCGUAUUAGUUAUUUGCAAAUUAUGGCUAGUUCAAUUAGUACUACUGCAAAUGGAUAUAAUUUCAAAGUGGUAUUACUUGGUGAAGGAUGUGUGGGCAAAACUUCAGUAGCAUUACGAUACGUCGAAGAUAAAUUUAAUGACAAACAUGUUACUACAGUACAAGCAUCUUUUUUAAAUAAGAAGUUAAAUAUAAAUGGUAAAAGAGUAAAUUUAGCAAUAUGGGAUACUGCAGGACAGGAAAAGUUUCAUGCAUUAGGACCAAUUUAUUAUAGAAUGUCUAAUGGUGCCAUUUUAGUUUACGAUAUUACAGAUGAAGAUACUUUUCAAAAGGUUAAAAAUUGGGUAAAAGAACUUAAAAAAAUGUUAGGCAGUGAAAUUUCUUUAGCAAUUGCUGGCAAUAAAGUAGAUCUUGAAAAAGAACGAAAUGUUUCAAUAGAAGAAGCAGAGGAAUAUGCCCAGCAAGUUGGUGCUAUGCAUUUUCAUACAUCUGCUAAACUAAAUCAAAAUAUUGAACAGAUGUUCUUAGACUUAACACGUAAAAUGAUACAACAUGCUGAUGAAGUAGAACAAAAGUCUUGUUUGCAAAGGACUAGCAGUACACGUCGUAAUGUUGUGGUAGUUGAAGAUGAAUCUGAACAAAGUCGACCAGCAAAAAGUUCUUGUUGUGGCAGUUCUUCCCAAAAUUCGUAAAUGAAUAUCUUUAUUUUUGGAAAAGCUUUAAUUUCAAAAAUAAUUAUAUCUAUAAAUACAUAUAUAUUGAGUGCAAAAUAUAAAAUGUGCAGAUUUUGAGAGAUUUUGAAUCUAAGAACAAAUACAUAAAUAUCAUAAAAUGUUGUAAGUUUCAUAUAAUGUUGUAAUAUUGUGCUACACAUGCAAGUAUACAUUAUGCAUUUAAUGUUUUAAAAAUAUCGUGUAAUGUACAUUGUUAUACCUACAUAAAUUUUUUAUUACAAUGUC